AUGGGCUUAUCAAGUUCUUUUCACUCCAAGGUGAAACAAGCCAGGAUUCUGCUCCUUGGCUUGGACGCAGCAGGGAAAUCUACUAUUCUGUAUAAGUUUAAAUUUAAGGGGUCCUUUUCAACCAUUCCAACAGUAGGAUUUAAUGUGGAGAUGAUGCAAACUGAGAAGCACCUGCAAUUAACCAUAUGGGACGUUGGAGGACAGGAGAAGCUGAGAUCCUUCUGGGGCUACUACUUUGAAAACACAGACGGCUUGGUCUAUGUGGUGGACAGCACCAACAAACAAACUAUGGAUGAAUCAAAGAAACAGUUCCAGCUCAUCCUCCAGAAUGAGUUAAUAAAAAAUGUUCCAGUGGUCGUACUGGCAAACAAGCAAGACCUGCCUGGAGCUCUUAAUGCAGAUGAAAUUACGCGAAAAUUUAACAUGAAGAAGUACUGCUGUGACCGAGACUGGUUUGUCCAACCAUGUUGUGCCAUUACCGGGCAGGGACUAACUGAAGGUUUCAACAAAGUGACUGAAUUUGUGAAGAGAUCUAAAGAAGAAGCUGUAAGAUUCACCAAGCAGAAUGUAACACUUAAAACUUCUCGGAAAGUAUGA